CCUGAGCGUCCCUGACAGCGACUCCGCGAGCAGCAGCAGCAGCAGCGGUGGCGGCGGCGCCGCCUCGGGAUUGGGGAUUGUCCGACACUCCGGAUUGACACUCGGAGCUGCCGAUGGUAAUGGACAUUUUCAGAGGCCAGCUUGACGAGAUUUCAUGCCCAGCAUCUGGUUCUCGAACUCGCCCUGGAAGCCGGGCGACAAGUGGUCCAUCACCAGACAGACGACGAUUGAGUGCGCAUUCCUCAGGAGCUAUGGUGGUUUUAACUCCUGAACCAAUUUUACUCCAGGGAAGGUCUGAUCCUUUGGACAACCUUAGUAACUCUCUGGAUUCCACAACAACUUCUUGCUUUGAGAAUUUGGACAGUGAGUGUGAAAUUUUUAGUGAGCAAGGUGGAGAGAACACCUUGGCUACUGGCAACAUAGAUACUGGAAGACAGUGCGUAUCUCAAAUAUCACCACAGGAACAUAUGGAUUCCAUUAUACAGGAACUGCAGAGUUCAGACAAAUUAGGAAUUCUUUCUAGUUCAGAAAGCGAAGAGGACUCAGACAAUCACUUGUCUACUCCAGAUCAAAUCAAACCAUUGAAGAGAGAGUUUGAUUGUUCUACGCAAGAAGAUUUGGAUCAUAAAGCUGAAGACACCCAACUGGAAGAGGCGAUUGCGAAAAUGAAAAAACUGGAUAAGAUUUUGGUGAUUAAGCAGGAAAAAGAAAGGCAAGUGAAGAAACAAGGAGAAGAGCUAAGGAAAAAGCUUUGGGAGGAACUUGAGAGUGAGGAAUUGAUGGAGUGCCCUGAAGUGGCUGAAAAUACAAAGAGAUUUCUAGCUUUGACACCAGCUGGAAACGGUGACGAUCUGAUGGUUACACCUAUAUUCCACACACAACUCCCUACUGAGGAAUUUGAAAGAGAUAACAAUGAAAGAGACCAAGACUAUCAAGAUAGUGGUGAAGGAGUUAAGUUGACAUCAGAAGGCAAAUUGCCUUCAGAAGCCAACACUAAAAAUGUCCAAAGCAAAGACGCAAGGAACCAAAUGUUCCCCCAAAAUAGGAUCAAAGUUAAAGAUUUUAUUAAGAAGAACAUUGAGUUGGCAAAAGAAGCAAAGAACCCAGUGCUGCUGACUGACGACGAGAAAAAAAGACUAGCAGAGCUAUUAAAGAAUGUUGAUGCUGAGACAGCGAACAAUGAAGACAUUUCAGUUCCCUGGGCAUUAUCUGUGGCGGAAAGGGAAGGAUAUACUCCAGAACCCAUGGAUCAACAACAGUUGGCUGAGAUAGAUGCCAAACUGCAGGUUUUCAUUCUGGAUGAGGAUAUCCCUAUGAUUACUAGCUCGUUGUCCAGCGUACAAACCCAGAGUUAUCAGGAGAUGGGACAAGUUAACCCUCUGAGUGCACAAUUUCUGCUGUAUGACUUGGAAACUCUAUACAACAUGAAGGUGUUAGCGAUAAACAAUCUCAGCAAUCCUCUCAUGAAGUCAUGA